AUGCUAGCCGGGCUUUGGCUAAUUGUGCUGCUCAUUCAAUGGAGUAGAUGCAGUGGCGUUGACCGGCCAUUGCGAAAACGACCGUCCUUUACCUCACAACCGAACUUAGCUACAAUAUCAGAGGCAGGCGAAGAUGACCAGCCACCCUCUCCUCCUAAGACAUCUCCUCCGCAUAGUAGUGAUGAUGACGAACUAAAUCACACUCGGUAUGCCCCAACUCCACCGGCCACGAUGCAACCCUUUUCUAGCUUUCUCGAUCCAACAAGUACUCGCCAACCUCGCAGUAGCAGUAGUAGCCCUAAUAGACCGCGCCCUAACUUGUCUCUAGCUGGUAGCGAAGUGCCUUUGCGGCCUUUAAAGCGCGUGUCCAGACAUGACUCUAGACGGUACACCCAAGAAGUAUCAGCUAAUGAUGUAAUUUACUGUAACGUUGGGCCUUCUUCAAGUAAUGAAGCGUCAACAAGUUAUGCAUCUGAUUGGCAGCCCAUAAGUUCGGGCCAAAGUAGUCGUCCGACCAGUGCGCAAAAGUCCAAUGUUGCCUCCGGCACUGCAUUAGGUAUUCUGGAUGAAUUAGAGCAAAGACUUGAUGCAGAACUUAAGAGAACCAAGAAAGUUGUUACGAAAUAUGCCCAGCCAGUUCCUUGCGGCUCAGAACCAGUUGAAGAUUCAGCCAGUCUUAGCAGUAACUCGUCUCCUCCAGAUGACAACGCGGGCUAUGAAGUACCAAAUAGUGCAAUCCAACACACAACCCACCCGGCACGCCCAAGACACGCUCUCCCGACACCACCCCAGUCACCACCAAUUACACCACCAAUUACACCACCUUCCGCCCAAUACGUCCCAGAUGAGAAUCAGUACGAAACAAUUGACGGGUAUUCUAGAAGACACCAAUCUCACCGGCUUAUAACUAUGGAGGAUAUUUCUAACUCAGAUGUCGUGCAUGAGCGUCCGGAUCAAAACUCUGAGCCUCUUUUAGACCAGCUAGCCGCUCUAGGAUAUCCCUGGGCUACUUCUACUAGAUCUAUUCUUAAUGCCCACGAGCAUGAGAUUGCUAUGGGCCAAACUCAAACUGAAGGCUUUAAGCAACAACUGAGUGAGGGCCUCUUGAGCCAUCUGGAGAGGGAAUUGAAAAGCUUGCAAGACCAAUAUCAGGCCAUUAGCCUAACGCAGAUCAAGGAUAGAGCUAAUCUGUUCGUGGGCCAUGAAACCUUUCCUAGAGAAAAGUUCGCUGAUCUGUUCCUUGGGACCUCAAAGCGUACAUCAGUGCUGAAUGGGUUAAGAAUGAUUGUGGCACUCCACCCGCAGUCUAAUAUGCAGUGUUAUUCGGUGCUUUCCCAUCUAAAUGCCGAAUCGGUUAUGAAUAUUCUUACAAUACAUUGUGUUUUGUGUAAUGGACAGGACCUCGAGCUUAAUGAUAUUCAGGCGGCGGGAGAGACUGGAUUCCGCAACAAUCUAAUUAUGGGCAUCCAGAAGAUGAGUAUCGCCGAAAAACUUAAGCUGGCCAGAUAUUUUGAAGGUACAUUUGCCUCGGCUGCUUUCCUAAAUGGAACUUUCCCCGAAAUCGCCAAGACCAAAAGACGAAUCAAAGAUACGCAAUCUUAUCUUAACAAACACACCUUUGUCAAAACCCGAGGGUAUCGUCCUUUACUACAGGAAAGCAAAGCACUUUAUGCUCAAUUCCACCCUCUGAAUAUUGAUAUGUACUGGGAUAAUUUCACAUGCACCUAUAACAACGAAAACAACUGCUACCAUGCCUAUCACUUGCAAAUGACAAUGUGUGUUCGUGAUAGUUUGCUAAGCAACUACCAGCCGCUUGAUUUGGACUCAGUUAUUUCGCUAUGCAACACUCACAAGGAGCUAGCUAUCGCUACUUUAGGCCGGCGGGACUGUGACAUUGCGAUAAGUGACUUGACUAAGUACUUUGUUAAUCCGCCAAUUAAGCUUAACCUAUGGUUCAGUCCAAGUAUUUCAAGGACUCGGCAGUUAGAAUUUCAAACACAGCUAGCCAAUACAUUGGAUGAUAGGACCAAAACCAAUCCUUGGGUCAAUAUUCUUUCUUUGGGCUCGGUUGGUAUUAUACUUCCUUUUGUCUUUACCAUCAUUUACUUAAUCCCGGACUCAAUUAUGUUUAUUAUUCCGGCGGCCGUUGUUAUCGUUGCGUUCAUUCGCAUGGGUCUUUUGUGUCUAGUUUACAAUCGCAAGAAACACCGGGAGUACUUUUUACUGGUACCUCCGGCAAUUGCCUUGAUUGGUCUUCUUUACUUGAUAUUCAUUUUAGGAAUUUCAUCAGAUCUAGCCGCUAUUCCAGAGGUUGCCUGUUCUAAACAGCUAUUUUUGGCCCUCUUUUCUAUUACGACCUUUACAAUGCUAGUUGUCUUUACAAUCAUAGUCUCUUUCAAAAACCAGCUGUUGAAUGCCGUAAAUAUGCGCUUUUGGAUUAGACUGCUUUUGUACAGUAUGGCCAUCGUCUCUGCCGCAAUUAUACCGAUCUUAGUUGUCUUUAACUUGCAUUUAGAUGCAGCUAUUUGUCUUCGAGCUAAUGUACUACUUUCUGCGGCCAUGUUCUUCUUCUUGGGCGUGUUGCUUGAAGAUGAGAAUAGUUCAAUUGUAGCACUGAGUAAGCAGCGUAAGAAAAGACUGCCGUUGCUUAUUGUAGCAGCCACUCUCAUCAUGGUCUUCUUUAUCUUAACAUUAGUGCUGAUAAACACCUGCAAUCUAGAUGCCGAAAACAUUCGUGAAGUUCUUAAACCCAAUAACCACUCAAUAGUCAAGCCUUUCUUUGGGUUGGCCACAGGCACUUCUAAUCCCGUCGGCAGCCAGGCCAGUGGUGCGGCUGGAGUUGUUAGUCCUAUGCUCUAG